AUAAUUAAGUUAAAAUUAUUUUAUAACUUUUUUGAGUUAAAAAUGCCUGGAGCAAAUUGUGCUUUUCCUGAAUGUGGAAUUACAAGAAACUCUAAACACCAAGGUAUUGGAAUAUUUCAACUUCCAAAUCGGCCAGAUGAUUUUCAUCAACAAUGGAGAAAAAAUAUACUAAACAUUUUGUCAAAAUGUAGACAUUUUGACAAGCAUCUUAAAGAGCGCAUUGCAAAUGGAAAUAUCUUUCUUUGUGAACUUCAUUUUGAGCCAACAGAUAUUGAGUUUACAAAAACUGGUCGAAAAACGUUAAAGCUUGGGGCAAUACCAUUGCUCAACAUUCCUAAGAAAUCUCAUGAAACUGUUAAAGCUCCUGAAAGAAGGCAUAUAUCUAUUGUUAAAGAUAUUUUGACUACAGAAGAAAAACAUACAGACAAAUACAAAAACUUUAGUGAACUUACUAACAUAGUAAAGAAGCUUAAACUCAAUUGGUUUAUAUCAUAUGAUAAAAACUUUAUUUCAUUUAAAUCUUUUCAAACUUUUACGUUAGUACCACAUUUAGAAGUUGUUGUUGGAUGUAGUCUAGAAUUUUUUGUUAUUGUUUAUGGAUGGACAUUGCCUGAUGACCAUCACUUGUAUAAAGAAUUUUUACGAUCAGUUCGUCAUGUUAAAAUAUCAAAAUUGUUAAAUAAAGUUCAAUCUUUACAGAUGUGUACUGGCAUAACAUAUGACUUGGUAGAUUGCGAUAAAGAUGGAAAUCUAAUAAAUCAUUCUAUUCCUCAUAAAUUUGACCUUAACAAUGAGAAAAAAGUACCAUUUAAAGCUAGUCAAUAUAAACGUCACAAAGAUUGUUUUGUUAUUGGCUCUGAUUGUGAAAAGUGUGUAAAUUGUUUAAGUUUUGAAAUUAAUUUUAUUAAAUGUAAAGUUAGUACUUCAAAAAAAAUUGAUCAACCAGCUCAUUUGAAUGCCCCAUUAUCUGUCACACAUCCAAAUCGUGUAAAGUUAGCACUCGUUGAAGAGCGUUCUAAAAAUAAAAAACUUUUGCAGAAUAUUGAAAGAAUGCAAAAGGAAAUACAGGCUAAAGGUAUUCAAGUCAGCACUUGUUUAAGUUCUGAUCUUGAUAUUAUAAUUAGUAAAAACCAAAAAAACAUGACACCAUUUAUGAAACUUUUUUGGGAAGAACAGAAUCGUUUAUUAACUAGCAAAGUUCCUAGAUAUCAUCCAAUGAUAAUUCGAUUUUGUCUUUCUCUUGCAUCUAAAUCAGCCUCAGCAUAUGAUGAACUUAGAGAUGCUAAAAUUUUAACACUUCCAAGUAGGCGGACACUACGCGAUUAUAAGAAUGCUAUUCGACCAUCUGUAGGAUUUAACCCAGCAGUGAUUGCUGAAUUAAAAGAAAAUACAAAAGACCUCUCUGAUAUUCAGCGAAAUGUUGUACUUUCUUUUGAUGAAAUAUGCAUUCAAGACAAUUUAGUAUUUGACAAGUCAUCAGGUGAGCUCGUUGGAUACGUUGAUCUUGGAGACCCUGAAAUAAACUUUUCGACCUUUACUGAUGUAAAUGAUUUAGCCACUCACUGUCUAGUAUAUUAUAUACGUGGAAUUGCAUGCGAUCUCAAAUUUUGUCUUGCAUAUUUUGCUACUAAUGGUGUAACAGCUAUGCAAAUAAUGCCAACAUUUUGGCUAUCAAUCCAACACCUUGCGUAUGCAACGUUCUAUUGCACCAGUUACAGGGAAUACAAAAGGAAGUUUUAAGCAAAAACCUAGAGUUUCUUGGAAAUUUGUUGAUAAUGCUCCUUUAAAAAAACGAUCUACAAAGAAGUAAUUUACAAUUUUUUGUGUUUUUACUCGCUCAUAGGAUAGAGGUAUGUAUAUUUAUGUUCUGUUUGUACCUCUGGCACGGUGUUAGCUCAAAUGUAAGUUGUUUUAUGUAUAUUUGUGUUCUGUGUAGACCUCUGGCGCGGUGUUGAUUCACUCGUAAGUCGAUUUUUUAUGUUUGUGUUCUGUGUAGACCUCUGGCGCGGUGUUGAUUCACUCGUAAGUCGAUUUUUUUUAUGUUUGUGUUCUGUGUAGACCUCUGGCACGGUGUUGGCUCACCUGUAAGUUGCUUUAUAUUUGCUAUGUUAUUGUUGUGUUAUCAUUGUUAUGUUAUUGUUGUGUCUGUUUUUGUUUUGUUUGAACCUCUGAUGCAGUGUUGCUUUACUCAUAAGU